CCCCACAAACAGAAACACCACGCCCCACUUGGAAAGAUCGUGUAAACCUGGUCUUUCACGGGUCCAAAGAAACGUGUUGACAGCUCACGAUUCACAAGUCACGAGAAUUGAAUGCCCACAUAGAUUUCAUCAUCUUCAAGGGAAGUUCUGUGGUGAUCCAGCUCUCAUCAUUCUGUGAACAAUGGCGGCCAUCAUGACAGAAACCAUGACUGUUCUAGCUCUGUUCGCCAUGUUAUCUGUUGCAGUCGGUUCUGUAAGCUCCGGUUUAGCUGAUAUAAGUGCUGCCUGCCAAGCUUCACAGUUUCCAGAGGCCUGCCAAGCUUCAUUGAUGAACACUCCGUUGGUUGGAAAGCGGGCGGCAGCAGAAGAAAUUGUUAAAACCGCCAUAGGAUUGUCAUUAGAUGGCGUGCACGAAUCGUACCGGCUGUCGGAUUCUAUCUUGGCCGGUGCAACUGCUUCCCACAACUUCAAUUUGACAGUGGCCGCUCAGGGCUGCCUGGAAUCCAUGAGCUCUGCAAUGAGGACCAUUUCAAGGAGCUCCGCAGUUUCUCUUGACAGAAUGAGCGGAGUUAAGGAUGGGAGGGCCUGGAUGAGCGCUGCUCUCACUUACGAAUACGACUGUUACUCCGGCCUCAACCGUCAAAACCGGUCCGAUCUCAGUUCCACAGUCCAGCAGAUAAAUUCCACCAUGACUUUAACAUCCACUGCCCUCAGCAUGGUGGCUGCCAUUGACACAUAUGGACGGGAUAUGAAGCUGUGGAGACCUCCCCGGACUGAAAGAUCCGCCAGUUCCUCUGCUACUGGGAAUUUCCUGACCUCGGGCAGCGAGGAAAGGGAAAGCUUUUUUGAUAUGCACAGCCAUGGCGUGGAGCUGCUCCCUAAUGUGACCGUCUGCCUUGAGGACAAGACUUGUGAGUAUUCUUCCAUUCAGAGGGCGGUGGAUGGUGCCCCGGAUUACUCUCAGAAGGUUUUUGUAAUCUACAUCAAGGCCGGGAUUUACAGAGAGAUCGUCAGGGUUGGUCCCAGCAAGAUGAAUCUUAUGUUUGUGGGUGAUGGCAUGGAUCGGACUGUUAUUACUGGUUCGAUGAAUGCUCUGCAGCCGGGCGUUGGUACUUACGGCUCUGCAACUGUUGGGGUGAAUGCGGACGGAUUUGUGGCAAGGGACAUAACAUUCGACAACAGCGCAGGGCCCCAAAUGAGCCAGGCCGUUUCCCUGCGGGUGGACAGCGAUCUCUCCGUAUUCCACAGGUGCGCCAUUGUUGGGCAUCAAGACACCCUUUACGCGCACACCCUCCGCCAGUUUUACUCCAACUGCAGAAUCGAAGGCACAGUCGACUUCAUAUUCGGCAACGCAGCCGUCGUCUUCCGCAACUCCACCAUUCUCAUCCGCCCCCGUUUAGUGCCUUCCAAAUUCGGAGAGACCAGCCCGAUUACAGCGCACGGAAGAUUAGAUCCGGGUCAGUCCACCGGAUUUGUUCUCGACAAGUGCAUUAUCAAUGGAACAGAGGAUUACAUGAAUGAUUUCUUUGCAAAUCCCCAAAUUCACAAGGCCUAUUUGGGUCGGCCAUGGAAGCUGUAUUCCAGAACGAUUGUUAUGAGGAGCUACAUUGGGGAACUGAUUAGGCCAGACGGAUGGCAGCCAUGGGACGGGACCUUCGCUUUGGACACGCUCUUUUAUGGGGAAUUUGAGAACUAUGGGCCUCGAGCCGAUUUCUCUGCCAGAGUCCCCUGGUCUACUCAGAUUUCCCCGCUUGCUGUGGGCAUUUACUCUCCCCAAUCCUUCAUUCAAGCAGAUCACUGGCUUCCCUUCAUCCUCUCUAAUUAUUUAGAUUGAUUAAUUCAUUAAAUCCUCCGGAUUCUCUUUAUAUAUAUAUUUAUUUGUGUUUUGUGUACAGAAAACAAAUUUCAAUAAAGAUUUCUUUACAUAUUCUAGUCUGACA